CGUGCAUCGCGCGUUGAUAUGAGAGCAUUGCGGGCCGCGCGACUGUACAUGCAUCGUUCCGACAGAGGAUGAGGGCCCGUCUGCCACCACCGCGUCUUCCCAUUGCCUGCGCCCGCCAAAGAUGCGCGCCAUUGCCUGGCUGCUCUGCACCCUUGGCUCUAUCUUGAGAGUGUGCGCCAACGUCGAGAAGACGAUAUUCCUCGGCCCAAGUGCAAUAGUCCUCCCCAAUGCUCGCCCCGGCCUAGACGAACUGCACGUGGACACGCUCGAACCGGCCGAGCACCCCAUCCUAGCGACGCAGCUCUCCGUCAAAUUCCCCACAGGAUCAACACCCCGCGGUGUCGACUCUUGGUACCUUCUACGCGGCCUUGAAGAGGGACGCAGGUACGAGGUGCGCAUCUGCUGGCCAGCAUUUCAACCCACCGACUUCUGGCUAGACACAUUUCCACUCACCCACGUCUUCGACACGCCAGAGCUGAUAUCCUCGCUCGCCGGGUACAGUGACCGAGCGCGGAUAUCGCCGCCACAGAAGCUGGGUUACACAGCAGGCGAUUCCUCAACAGCUCAGUCGGUGCUAUUCCUACGCGUCCAGGCUGCAGCGUCAUACUAUUCCACGAAUAAGACGUUGAUGGAACAUCCUCCUCUUGUGGACGUCGACAUCAUCCUUGACCCGUUCAUACUCAACGUCCUGCCCCGCUCGCUCGGGCCCACCGCCAUAUACAUCACUGUCGUAGCAGUCGCUGCCUGGUUCAUAUCGGGGUACACAUAUCGUUGGAUUAUCGCUGUCUCGAAAGAGUACGAGGAGAAAGGCCACAAGGAGUGAGCUCUGGCAGCAUGUCCGCAGCCGCUAGAGCCCCUCCGACUCCAGUGAGUCCUAUACCAAGACCGCAAUUCGUUCUGAGAGUAUGCGAAGGAACAAUGUCUAACAUGCUCUUCACGAUCAGCCACCACCACCACCUCCUCCUCCUCGUCCACCGCCGCCGGCUCCGCCGUUUGGCGGUCUCCCAACAGAGCUGC